AUGGAGCGUAACUUAAGCGGCGGGCUUGGCAACGAGUCUUCCCGGGCAGCGUCUGGCAACGGCGGGGAAGCGGCGGCGGCGACUUGGGUUUUCGGCGCGGUCCUCUCCGUCAUGUGUGUGGCCGGCGUGACGGGCAACGUGUACACUUUGGCGCUGCUGUGGCGCUCGGGCCGGGGCGCCCGCGGCGCGCCCUUGUCCGGCUCCAUUGCCAGCCUGGCGCUGGCCGACCUGCUCUACCUCUGCUCCAUCCCCUUCAUCGUGGGCACGUCGGUGGCGCAGGACUGGUACUUCGGCGAGCUGGGCUGCCGCUUCCUGCUCAGCCUGGACCUGCUCACCAUGCACGCCAGCAUCUUCACCCUGACCGUCAUGUGCACCGAGCGCUACUUGGCCGUCACCCGGCCCUUGGCCGUGCGCUACCGGGCGCCGCGCUUCCGCAGGCUCACCGCCGGCGCCGUCUGGGGGAUCUCGCUCCUGCUGACCCUGCCCAUGAUGCUGAUGGUCACCCUGAGCCAGAGCGGCGACGGCAAGCAUAUCUGCGCCCCGACCUGGAGCCCCGACGCCUUUCGCCUCUACCUGACGGUUCUUUUCAGCACCAGCAUCCUGGCCCCCGGGCUACUCAUUGGCUGCCUCUACGCCCGCCUGGCCGCCACUUACUUGGAGUCGCAGAAGAACCCGCCGCGCAAGACGGGGCCCAAGCGCUCCCCCCGCCAGAAAGUCCUCAUCCUGGUCUUCACCAUCGUGCUGGUCUUCUGGGCCUGCUUCUUGCCCUUCUGGAUCUGGCAGCUGGUGUCCCUCUACCACGGUCCCCUGGGCCUGCCGCUCCACAUCCAGAAGUAUAUCAACUACCUGGUCACCUGCCUGACCUACAGCAAUAGUUGCAUCAACCCCUUCCUUUAUAUCUUGCUGACCAGGAACUAUCGCGAGCAUCUUCGGAACCAGCACAGGAAGUUCUACCGCUUCACCUCUUCCUUUCGCAAAAAGGGCUCCAACUUGCACUGUUCUUGGAGACGGUCGUCCUCUUCGGGCACCCAGUAUGAGUCUGGGACAGAGGGCCUGGGGAUGGCUGUACUGAAGGACUGCAAAUGA